CACAGUCACUCACUACAUUUUUGUGAUUUUUUUUAUCUUACUAAACUUGACAUUCGUCAAACCAUCUCUCACUCUCUCUCUCCUUUUCUCUCACGCACAUACACACAGUAAAUAGCGUUUCUCGAGACAAAAUUCGAGUUUACAACAGUAAUGGCGGACGAAAUUGCCCUUGAUUUUCCAGCUGAUAUCCGAAUCAGACUCCACAACACUUUUUAGAUUCUACCAACCGUUUGAAAAGAUUCCGUUCCUCCGAUCAUUCAUGGAAGUCAUUUUCAACUCAGUCAAGUUUUUGAACAAGUCAAAUAUGUAUCUACAACUUUUGAUAUAGUGUUAAGUAGUUGUGUGUACAGUUGGGGAUGGAUUUGGUGGAGGAGGUAGGAGAGAGUUCAUCGCCGCCGCGGAGUUAUGGCAGUUUCGGCGGCGGCGGUGAUGUAAUCAGGAAUGAUGUGUACAAUCGGCUUAUAGAGAAUGAAAAUGAAGAAGCUCUUGGGAAUCCUGAUUUCCGGGAACAAUUGGAGGCUCACUUCAAUCGCCUACCACCGAGUUAUGGACUGGAUAUUAAUAUGGAUAGAGUGGAAGACGUAUUGUUACAUCAAAGUCUUCUUGCACGGGCGAAGGAUCCUAAUAAUCUGCCCAUUUUCCACGUUCGGUUUCUAGAGCUUGCCUUCCAUUGUAUCACUGGUCAGAAUUUCUGCACUGGAGCUGAUGAUAUCGAUGGCGAACAAGUUUCAAGUGUUCCUUCUGCCUCGAGACCAUGUGACAGGAUUGAUAAUGAAGAUGUCCCAUCUUUGAAUCACGGAAAAUGUGCGGGUGACUUUGAGCCUUGUUCUAAGCUCGAGGAUCUAAACUUGGAUGUUAGAAGGAAUUCUAUUGACAGAAACAGGGAAACUCCUACCGAAAUUUUUUUGAGAAGGCAGGAGGUUCCACAUAUACCAAUACAUGAAGUAAUAUUUUCAACUAUUGACAAGCCCAAGCUUCUUAGUCAGCUUUCUGCUUUGCUUUCUGACAUAGGACUUAACAUCCGUGAAGCGCAUGUGUUUUCUACAACUGAUGGCUACUCUUUGGAUGUGUUUGUUGUGGAUGGAUGGCCUGUUGAGGGUACAGAGGGUUUAUCUGAAGAAUUGAGAAAAUCAAUUUCUAGAAGUGAGGGAACAUGGUCUGGUUCAUCACAUUCUCAGUCAGCUGUGGAGAAAGCCAUCACUUCACAUGCAAAAUGCGAAGAUUGGGAAAUAGAUUGGAGAUCAUUGAAGAUAGGGGAAAAAAUUGCUGCUGGGUCAUGCGGAGAUUUGUAUCGUGGAGUAUAUCUUGGUCAGAAUGUUGCUGUUAAGAUGCUUAGACCUGAGCAUUUGAAUGACCCUCUGGAGGAUGAGUUUGCAAAGGAAGUUGCUAUUUUAAGGGAAGUACAACAUGGAAAUGUUGUUCGCUUCAUUGGUGCAUGCACAAAGUUGCCUCAUUUAUGUAUAGUGACAGAGUACAUGCCUAGAGGGAGCCUCUACGAAUAUUUGCACAAGAAUCAUGCCAUCUUGAAGCUCUCACAGUUGCUGAAGUUUGCAAUUGAUGUGUGCAAAGGCAUGGAGUACCUGCACCAAAAGAACAUCAUUCACAGAGAUUUAAAGACCGCAAAUUUGCUUAUGGAUGCUCACAGUGUGGUUAAAGUGGCAGAUUUUGGUGUGGCUCGAUUCCAGAAUGAUGGUGGGGUUAUGACUGCAGAGACAGGAACAUAUAGAUGGAUGGCACCUGAGGUGAUAAAUCAUGAACCAUAUGAUCAAAAAGCAGAUGUGUUCAGUUUUGCUAUAGUUCUUUGGGAGCUUCUGACCGCGAAGGUUCCUUACCAUACUAUGACACCUAUACAGGCUGCACUGGGAGUCAGGCAGGGUCUUCGACCAGAACUUCCCAAAAAUGGUCAUCCAAAGCUUUUAGAUUUGAUGCAGAGAUGUUGGGAAGCACUUCCUGAUAAUCGUCCAACCUUCACGGAAAUUAAAGUUGAACUCGAGGAACUCCUACAGGAAAUUCAGGAUACUCCGGUCGCGCCUAAUGGCUUCUGAGUAUAUAUUGAAUAAUCGACAUUUUACUCACGUUUCGGCAUAUUUUGAUAGUAACUAGUCAGAGCUUUUAUUCGUCAUCAUAUUAGGCGGUGCAAUACUCAAAAGGGAGACAGUAUGUUUGUUUCGUGGUACCAAAGUUUUGUUCUUUUUUCAUGAGGAAGUUAGCAACACCAACUUAUACCUGUACAUGAAUGCAUUAUGAAUCAAAGAGGUGUUUAAAAAUAAAAAUAAAAAUAAAAA